CAAACCGUAGAUAACUCAGUGCAUCCGUUCUGUCACGGGGCCUCAAAAUAUAGUUAAACGAUAAAACCCCGCCGCACCAAGGUGUGCAUGUGUGCCUGUAUACACCGUAUCGCAGCCUACAAGAACAUGGCUGAAGUGCGUCAAGAACGUUCCUCACCACCUUCACCCUACCCUAAACCGAGGUGUCGCGGUUGACUAAAUUACCAGCCGACCCCACCUGAUGUAUAAAUAGACCUCCUGCGAGGAGAGCGAUUAUCAGUGUAAUCCGGAGACUCAAGAGGUGCUCGUAUAAUUGGAAGCGGGUAACAGGAUCCCUAGACCAGAAACUAUAAUUAGUGAUCAAAGGACAGCGUCGGUAGCGAUAACCGUAUAACCCAUUAAUCAAAAGAUGAUUUCAAUCGGGGGUGCGUCGAUUCGCGCCAUCCUGAUUCUGACGGUGUUUCUUCGAGGAGUGCGAUCCACUGCGACGUCUGACGAGAUAAUCGGGGGUUCUGGUAGUAUCGGAUACGGGAUUGGUGGUUACGGUGGUUCGUUCGGCGGAAUAGGCCCCGGCAUCGGAAGUCGUCUUGGCUUCGGAAGUGGUCUUGGUGGAAUAGGUUCCGGUUCUCUGGGGCUUAACGCCGGCCAUCUAGGGUACGGAUCUGGACUCGGCGGGACCAGGUCCUUCUCAUCCAGCUACGGCGACGUUGGAUCUGACAUCAGUGAUCUCGGCGGCACGAAUGCCGGAAUCGUUGAUCUUGUUGGCUACGGCGGCUACGACGGAGGAAGCCUGGGAUACGGCGGCUAUGGUGGUGGAGGUGGAGGCUAUGGUGGCUACGGUGGUGGAGGCUAUGGCGGCUAUGGUGGCUAUGGCGGUGGAGGCUAUGGUGGCUUUGGUGGCUAUGGUGGCCAUGGCCGAGGCUACGGUGGCUACGGCGGUGGACUAGAAAAAAGCGAUUUUUCCAAGGGCGGAGAGUCCGUGAACAACGGCGCUUACCAGAACGAGAAGGGGCACAAGGGUCAGGCCAGUAGUCGGCUGGCUGAAGGCCUUUCGGCCGGUCAGUUGGCCGCCAAGGACGCCAAGGGUAGCUCUGGUUACUACACUGACGCCGGUGGCGUAACGUCUGGAUACGUGGACAAGAAGUCGUUCGGGGGCGGAAGUCAUUAUGAACAGAAAGGUAGCAAAGGGGCCGAAGACAAGGCGGCAACUGGGCACAAGAAGGGACACGCAACAAAUGGGUUCGAGACUUCCCACCACAAGGACGAGAAUGGGAAAACGACAACCUUCUACGACGUUGCAAACGACGAGGGUGAUCAUUACGACUACGGAGGAACCCGUGGCGCCUUUGGAGACCAAGGGAAUAAUUACUACAGCGGUGGGUACCAGGACGAGAAGUACAACGAGGGAGGACACGGGCACAAGGGCCAUUACGACAAGGGGGUGAAAUCCGAGAAGGAGAACGGGGACAAACUGGCUUAUGGGAAUCAAGUUUACUACGGAAAUAACGGGCAGUAUGGCGAGGUUGGCGGUAAUGACAGAGCCUCCAUUCUCGGACAUUCGGAAGCCUCGAAAUACUACAAGGGUCAUCCGUCUUAUUAUUAACGAUCUAAGAUUUUCACGGCGGAAGAAUGAUCAGACGACGUAUAUGCGAAUCGAUAUGCAAUAUACGUCGAGUCAUGAUUUAUGUCUGCAAGACGGAAAUCCGACGCACGUACCUGUACGAGCGUAUAAUAUACUCAAUUUUCUGUCCGGAAGUUAAGAAUAAUGUAUGAUUUAUUAUAGUUUGUUUUGUUUUUUUUUUCUGGAACAUGCAACAUUAUUUUUUAUUUCUGUAAAUUAAACACCACGCAACGAAGUAUUGUAAAAAAUAAUUAAAGAGCGUCUAUUUUAUUCUUCAUUGGUAUAAUUGAUAUAAUUAUCCUCUGCUUGAAAUUUUUACUACACACGACAGUUGAAAAAAAAAUAUUUACAUACAUGUAUAUACAUAUGGAAGAAGGUUCAGGUUUGAAGUCGGAAGAAACGGGGAAUUCAAGAAAUAUAUUUGCCAAGAGUUUGUAUCGCAGAAAUGAGUUGGUUUAAUUUUUAGUUUCGUUUCUAUAGCGUUGUUAUCUGUUAUCGUUACUAUUUAUUUUUAUUUUUUAUUUCUUUUUCGUAACUGCAGUUUGCGGAGCGCUGUGUCAGGAAUUGGAUAAUACACACCACUUUGCAUGAUGUGGGUAACGUGAACGUAUAUGGUUAAAUGUGAUACGUACUGAACUACUUAUUUAUUUUGAUUGCUGAGGUUACAGUAACAGGACUACGUAUAUAUUUCUACAAUUGAAUACAUUUCACUUACUUAUAGUUUGCGUCUGGCUUAUGCAUAACACGUAUGUGUACAUAGAUAUUUCAAAUUACAGUUUGUCUAUUCGGCUCGAAAACCAAGUAUAUCACGAUUUAAUGAUCACAGGAAAUUUUCAUCAUACAUCAAACUAUGAAAACCGCCGAGUAAAUGUACCCACGUGAUUCUAAGAUAACAUGUAAUUACACUAUAAUAAUACGAGCUUGUUUUACGUAAUAUUCAUCGGUUGUUGUCUUUUUUUUCUUUUUUUUUCUUCAAAAAUAUCGCUUUGAGCCACAUUUUGAUUGAUAUGAUAGGACUCAAUGGAAUUAGAUUUUUUAAGUCUUGAAUUUCGUAUAUGUACGAACUCUACAAUCUCUGAAUCUAACAAUAAGUGCGGAAGCCUGAUACCGUAUCUGCAUAGACAAACUGUAGGCAAAUAUUACGUAUUGUAUAUUGUAUAUGUAAAUGGUAUAACUAAGCUGUUGUAAACGCGAAAUAGAAAUUUAUUUAUUCUUAUAGAUUUCAAAUUAUAAUGAAACAUAUUCGAUUUUCAUCAACAUGAAUCAAAAUGGAAUAAUUAAUGGUCUCCAAGAUAGAUUGUGUAAAU